AUUCCGUCACUCGAUGACAUGCUAUUGAUCAAAUAUACAUUUUACCUCAACAUUUUACUGAGAUUUACAAGAAUUAUACCUUAUUAUUAAAAACUCAUUAUGAAUCGUAACGUUUUGACUCACUUGAAGGAAUAUUCCUGCGUUCUUGUUCCACCACCCCCAUCAAGAUUUACCCUAAAAGAAUGGCACGCACAAAACAAAUAUCGAAACCGAAUCUGUUACGACCAACAGGCUUUGGCCGACAGUGUCAUCACAGAAUGCGACAGAGUUCGUGAAGAAAUCGAUGAGAGAACGUUGAACAGCAAACUAGAAACAGACCACAAAUUAAAUGAGAAAAUUAAAGACAUCGAGUUCAACAGAAGUGAAAUGGGCAUUGAGAGAAAAGAUGUGGUCAUGGAAAUUGAGAACAUGCUGACCUACAUCGACAGAAUCAAGCUUUGCCUAGAUUCGCUGAAGGAAAAUGCUGAAGUUAUAUGCUUGAAGUGCAUUAUUUGUAGAGAAGAACGACUUGGAAUUGACCUGUGUACCGAUUGGGUAGACAAAGAGUUGAGAAAAGAAAUCGAAGUAAUUCAGGGAGCUCAAAACUUAAUGCGCCGCACCCUGGAAAUGGCUAAUGAACAAGUGCGACGUUUGAGAUCCACGUUAUACUUUCUGGAUCGUGAUUUGGAAAGCAAGGAAAACGUUAAGAAAAUCGACGAAAACAACCUCAGCAUCUCCCAGAACAGCAUGCACUUGAGCAUGUAUCACGGAUUUGCACCCCUGGAUUAUUGCACCGUAUCCUUGGAGGAUUGGAAGGAUUACACAGAAGAACUCGUAGAAAGGGCUGCAAAAGAGAUAAACAGUGCACGUCAACUGAGAUCGUACAUCGAGACGCUGUUGUCACAAGUAAUAACCGACUUGAAGAGCCAGUAUAACCUGGUCAAUGCGGCGUUCACCAGCAGAAUCGAGGAGCAGAAGGAGGUGAAAUUGAAACUUGAAGUGCAGCAUGCAGAAGUCGUGCGUCAAGCUAACGAAAUGACCCGUGCCAUCACUCGUUUGGAGAUAUCGAUUGCCGAGAAGGAAGGAUUCAUGGCUUUGGCUCACACUAGACUGGGCAACAGGGCGCAAAGAGAUGGUGUCGAGUUGUGCAGGGAUGGCGUGCAGACUUCCUUGACCAACGAAGUCGUGGAGCUCAGGAGGCACUUAAGUCAAUUGCAGCACACUCUUGCCGAAGCGCAAGCUUCCUUGAGAUACCUGUUGAAGACUCAAAUCCAAUUGGAGGAGGACAUAAAUAUCAAAACCAAUACUUUGAAGAUCGACGAGGUUGAUUGCAUGACUUUGAGACAAGGCAUGGAUUAUCAUGCUUAUUAAAAUACUAUAUAUAUAUACACUAUUGUACCUGUAAUGGAAGUAGUCGAAAUUGAUUAUUAAACACUUUUAUUAAACA